AUGAAGGAAAUAAUAAAUACAAAUAGUAUUAGCGGAACAAAUGAUUUUAAAAAAUUUUUAUAGGUUCUAUAUGAAAACCUGAAUAAAUAUCCUUAGCACAAUAUGAAUUUAUUGAAAGUAAUUUAGGAUGAAAUCGAAAGUGGUAAAUUGAUUUUCAGAGGAAGAGAUGAAUUAAGCAUUCAAAAGGAUGAUACAUUUUACUCUACUGAUGUAGUUGACCACAUUUAAGCUUUUAUAGUAUCUGAAGAGUUAAGGCAGCGUCCUAGAUAAAUAUUAUAUUUUAUUUGUUUGAUAAGUGCUAUGUGUAAGCAAGAUGAAACAUUAGGCUUAUAAAUUAAAUAGAUACAGUAAGAUAUUUACGAUUAGAUUUUAGGUUUGAUUUUGAAGGCUUGGUCUUAUGAACCAGAUGAUGAAACUAUCAAAGAAAUAUGCUAGAGUGAUUUAGAAAGUUAUUCAUUAUAAUUAAAAAAAAUGCAAUAAAUGUAAAUAAAUGAACCUAACAUCGUUGCUUCAUAAAAUGAUACCAAUCAAUUGCAAAAUACUGAAUUAUUAUAAACAAAACGUAAAUAUUUUUCUGAAUUUAAGAAGUCUAGGUGUCUUCAAUUUAGCUGCUAGAUAUUGAAUGGUUUAGAUAUUAAUUAGCUUAUAAAAAUUAUGUACAAAUUCAAUGAAAAAUUAACUUUUUUAUUAGAGGAAGUAGAAGAUAGCUCUGAAGAUAAAUCUUAACCAAAAAAAAAUCAAGUUAAUUAGCCUAACAAUGCUAUCAUUUUAGAUGUAAGUGAAAGUAAUGUUUCAGAAAGUGUGUAGCCAUUUGAUUAGCGUUAUACUUAAAAGGAUGAGGUGGUUAGUGAUAUAGUUCUGAAAGAGAAAAAUUCUCAGAUUGAGGGAUCUUUAUAAUAAAAUUCUGCUUAUCGUUCAGAUAAUACACUUUAUAGUUAAUAAAAUAUAUCAAUGUAAAGCAUAGAUACGAAUAACUACGAUAGUGAAUUCAUUAUAGAUUGCUUACUUUAAAUUUUAAAAUGCUUGGAAGAGCAAAGAAUUUAAAAUAAUCACUCCGAUUAAUGUUUAUUAUUCACAAAAAGCUCCUCUUUAAAAAUUGAUAAAAUACGUAAGGGUUUAUAAGAUUUUCAAAUGUGUAUGGGAUUUAAGUUGUCAUUAAAAAGGAGAACAACUUUUAACUUGUUAAAAAUAUUAGCGGAAAAAAACUCCUAAAAUCAAUAAGAAGUAUUUUUAAAGCUGACUUUAUAAGUUAACUAUGAUAAUAUUAACACUAAAUUAGAAAUUGAUAUACUUGGCAAAUAAAAAACAGAACAUUUUAUUCUUGAGUUAGGUUCUACAUAAAAGUUUGUGUAAAAAUGGCUCACUUUACAAAUCAUCUUUCCAGGGCAAUAAAAAGAGCAUAUCUAAAUUAUUGUAGAUGACUUUUAUUCUUAAGAACAGCUAGCUGCAAAAUAUAUUUAGCCUAAUAAUUAUCUUAUUGAUGCAAGCAAAUACGUUACUGUUAUUAUAGGAAACCAAGAAGCAGACUUCAAUACCACAAGCAUCCUGAAUUAAAGUAAUUAAAGAAAUGCAAAUAAAAAUGAAGAAUAUCUUUUUAAAUUAUGGUCUCUAAAUUUUGGUAAAUAGCUUAAAGGCAUAAAGUUAAGAAAUCUUACUUUCAUUAAUGACGUGCAGCAAUCUUAUAUACUUAGCUAAACUAUUUCAAAGAGAUAUCACACUCUUUGCCUAAACAUCGAAAAUCCUUCAAAUAAAUUAUAUAUAAAUAACAUGAAGUAAUCUGAAAUUGAUAAAGAUAAUCUCAUUUUCGAAUUCAAAAAUUCUGAUGUAUAUGAUCACUUCAAUUUUACUGAAAGACAUGAAGCAAAAUCACUUAAUUUUUUUUCUAAGAUUUUCAAAUCAAGUGAUAAAAGCUCCAAUUUUGGCCUAAAUGAACAAACUGUGGCAAAGGCAUCUUGGAAAAUAAAUGAAAUGACUAUUAAAUAUGUAAACCUUAGGCUUUAUUAGCAUAACUACCCUUUAAAUAUCUUAGAAAAGAUAGGAAACAUGGAUAUAUUCUUUUAUAUACUGAAAAAUAUUCUUGAAUUAGAUAUUUAAUCAAAAAAAAUCAAGAUAGAAUCUAAAUUUAACACAAUAAAAGUUAUUUUCAGCAUUAUGGAGUAAUUUAACUACUCUCAUUCGCACAUUUUAAAAAGUUUAGACACUUACCUAACAAAUUUGAGCAAUCAAGGAAUAAUAACAAAAGACUAAAAAGAAUCAAUGCUAUGCCAGGUUUCUAAAAUGCAAUUGGAGUCAAUCAAUCAAUUUUUCAUAGAAAAGAAUGGUUUUGUAUUGCUUCAAAAUUUCCUUAAAGAAAAAUUAGAUGUAUUCAAAGAAGGAAAUUUUCCUGUUGCAGAUAUUUUAAUUAAAUAUUAUAGAUCAUGGGAGUUCGAUAACUAAAUGCUUUAUAGAUGUUUUGUUAAUGUCAUUUUAAAUUUUGAUAUUAUAAACUGCUUAACUUACUUUGAUUAGGAGAUCAUACUUAGAGAAAUCAAAGAAUAGGUUUUUAAAAGAUUUAGCUUUGAGCUAUAAAAAUCUAAUAAGAUAGAAUAUAUUUUGUAUAGUUGCAUCAAAUAUUAUCUAAGUGAUUUAUAUGAGUUUAUAUUAGACAAAAAAGUCAAUUAAUCUGCAAAUUCAAAUACAAAGCUAACGUUCAAAAAUAUACAAGGCUUUGGUGAUACAAGCUAAGAAAGUCUAAAUUCUUCAAGUAAAAGUCCUUACAACUAAAAGGAAGAAGACAGCUAUACAACAUCAAGUGAUGCAUCAAAUUCGACAUUUUAAUUUUAUGCUAAUUUUUAGAGAUAAAAGAAUAUGGAAGAAAAGGACAUUCCAAAGAAAAUAAUUGAUUUUAAGAAUAAAGAAACUCUUUUGAAAUAAAUUUUUAAUAUCAUUUAUCAUGUAAUCUUAGUAAAAUAACCUAGAGAAGAUUAAAUUUAUCAUUAGAUAUUUCAAAAUUAAAUUAAAACUAUUUUGAGCUACUUAAGCUACUUAAUUAAUAUGGGAAAUAAGCUCGAUUAUUUACAAAAGUAAUGUCAGUAAUCUUAACAAUUGAAUUGCCCACUUUUAAUUGAUAGAUAAAAUCAAAAGUUAAAUUUAUAAUUUGGGAGUUCUUUAACAACCUAGCAUCUAAGCAAUUUAAAGACUCCUUAAACAAAAGUAAUAAAAUAAAGUUAAAGUCAAAACAACCUUAAGGAUAUGGGAGAGAUUUUUGGGAAUACUUUCCUAUUUCCAAAUACUCUAAAUUAAACAAAUAAAAUUAAUUUCACUUAAGAAAAGUAAAAUAUAGCCGGAAGAGCAACUUUAAGUCAGGGGAAAAUAAGAAAGGAAUCAUAUUCGAAUGAUAGCUGCUAAAAUUCAAAUGCUCCAAGCGAAACAAAUUACUCAAAUCAAAAUGAUGAUGAUUUUACAACUUAGGGUUUCUCUGAUUAAUUUUAUUGUAAUUAAUGCAAUCUAUAGCAUCAAAUUGAAAAACAACCCUAUGAAUUAGAAAGGUUGCAGUUUAGUUUGCUAAUUAAAGAAUUAAUUUAUAUUAUUCGUCGUUUGAUGGUCAAAACAACUGAGCCAACCAUUAAAUAAACUACUUAAAAAGACAUCAAAUAAACUGCAGAAGAAAAAUAAUAUAUUUUUAGACGUUAAAUGACAGCUCUUUUAGUAUAAGAAGAAAAAAUGAUAGUUGUUUAGAAUGGUAUAAAAAAUUAAAACAUAGCCAAUUCAAACAAUUUUGAUUAAGUAAAUUUAUAAUCAGAAUCAACAUCAAUUAAAAGCUCUUAAAUGACUUUAACUCCUCUUGUAUAAUAUACAAGAGAAUAAGAAGGCUACUUCAAUGGUAGUGAUUUUGAUAUUAAUAACAGGAUUAAUGGAAGCUAGAGUAGUUAAUAGAGUAGAAAGACAACUAUGCAAGGCGUUAAAAAGAAUUUAAUUCAAUAAAUAGUAGAAAAACCUUUGAACAAAAUAGAAGAAGAUCCUUCAAGCUUAGACUAAGAGUACUUUUAUCAAAAUGCUCUAUUUAAAUAUAAAUACUUAGAUAUAAUUAUGGGAAUAAACAAUAAUCACAUUUCAAAAGAUAAUUAAUAUUAAGAAAAUGUUUAGCGCUACUUAAUAGAUAUUGUUUAUCAUUUUUAUGAGUAAUUUAAGCAAUCAGUUAUUGAGGAAUCCUUUUAAUCAAAACAAGAAGUAUAUUCAAAUUUUUUAAAUCAACUCAUUUUACGUCUUGGAGAAAAUCUUGUAGAAAUGGGAGAAAAAAGUUCUACAGCUUUUGAACAAAAUCUUUUAUAAGUGAUAUUUUAAAAGGAAUAAUCAGUUUUAAACUAAAAGAACAGUAUUUUAAAUAUAUUUAUAAAUAAAUUUUCUUACUUUAGCAACAAAACUCAGCUGCAGGUGAUCUUAGAGUUUCACAAAAAAAUUAAUCUUAUUAUGAGUAGGAAAAAUUACAAACGCCAUGAAUUUUUAUAUUUGCUAAAUACAAUCAUUAACGAAUUUUCAAUUAAGCCAGAAAUAAACACAAAUAAAACUAAACAUGAAAUUAUUUCUGCAUUAAUAGAAAGUUAUCUUUACUACAAUAUAAAAUAUAACGAGGAUCCUCGAUAGAUUUUAGAAGAAAUGCUUGCAAUACUAUCUUUAUUCCUCUAUCAAAAUGAUUACUAAAAAUUAUAUGAGUCAAAAAAUACUAAACAAAAAAACGAUGGUGAGAGAUUUGUGAAUUAGAAAGAGCUUCUAUUGUAACAUGGUCCUCCAUAUGAUCAUUUGUAAUUUGAUGAGUACUAACAAGAUGAACAGCAAUAAUAGUUUGAAUCACCAAAUUUAGAAGAUUAUUUGAUCGGAUUGAAAAGUCUUAUUCAGAGAAUUUUAGAAAAUUCUAAAUCUUCAGAUAAAAAAUAAAAUAUUAAAUAACAUCAGCUAUGCUUAUUAAAUGUAAUUUUUAUUGUCGAAUACAUAAUUCAAACUUAAGAUUUUUAAAAGCUGGAUCAGAGUAUAAUAAAAGAGAUUAUUAAUUUGAUAGAACAAUUUGUAAAUUUUGGAGUUUAUUCAAAAUUAAUUUAUAACAUAGAUCCAAUUUUAAAAGUUCUGAAUUAAAACAGCUUUUUUAACCCUAGUCAAAUUGAUUUGAUAAAAUAAAUGUAAUAAAAUUUCAAAGGAGUUGACCAAAUUAAUGGAGGUCCCCUCCGUUCAGUUAUCAACGUUUUAUUUAUGUUGAUAUAAAAAUUAUAAAAUAUGCACUAAUUAAAACAUUAAGAAUAAAAAUAAUUCAUUGAAAAACUUCUCAAAAUAUUUUAAAGCUGUUAAUUUUUAGAAAAUAUUUAAUAAAUAACAUCGAAUAAUUCAAUGUUAAAUAGCUCUCUAAUAAAAGAGAAGCAUUAUAUUAUAGAAGAAACAAAUAAAUACCCAGCACAAUAAUAGAAUAUUUAUUCAGCAUUAAAAGAGCACCUAACCAUUUAUAUCCUGUUUAACCUUUUCAGAGUUUUUUAUCACUAAUCUAAAAAAAUCCAUGAGCCUUUAACCAAAUAAAAUUUACAAGAGCAGAAGGAAAUAAAGAUCACUAUAUAAUUAAUAAUACAGACUUUAAAUCUGAUGAAUAAAUAAAAAUGCAUUGAAAGCCUUUCAUAAAUAAAUAAUGUUUGCUAAAAUUUGCAGAAUUAAAUAUAACCUAAAAAAGGAGCUAAGGAAAUAUCCAAUACUCUUUUAGAAUAUUUUUUCAAUAAUUAACUCAAUAUAAAUUAUUAGUAUUUUUGCGAGGACCUAUCUAAAGAUAAGGCAGAUCAAUAAAUUGAUGACCUAAUUCAAAUCUUCAAAGACAAUUUCGAAUUGUUUUAUUAGAAUUAAGAUAGAAUUUACAAUAAUAAUAAUACUGAAGAUUAAGAAAAUCAAUUAGAAAUUUAAAAUAUAAGAAAAAAUAGCCAAUUUAAAUAGAAUUCAAAAUUAAACGAAAGUCAACCAAAAAAAAAUCCUUCUUCAUUAGAUAAAUUCGAUUUUUAUCAAAAAAUAUCUUAAAUCGCCCUCAAAUAAUCUCAAGAAUAGUCUGAUGAAAAUAUUUACCAGUUAUACUUAAAGCUUACUUAAAUACAAAAUUUUGAGGAAUAUUCAAUAGACGGUCUUAUAAUUCCUAGCUUAUACAUGCCUAUUGUCAAUUCAAUUGAUUUAGUUUCUUCAUUGAUGCCUCUUUUGCUUUAAAGAAUGAUUUUAUUUGAAAAAAAUAAAAACUGUUAAUCAAUUUAAGACACAAUUGCCUCCUUAAAAUCUUUGAAGAUUUACAAAGUUUAAUAGCUUAUUGAUUUGAAUUAAGAAUUUUAUUUUAUGGAAUCACAAGCUAAUAACUAUGAUAAAAUAUUCGAUAAGAAGUGGGAAAAAAUUCAAAAAAACUUGGAAAGUCAAAAGGGAGUUUUUUAUAGAGAAUUUGAUAAUUAUAAAUCUGUUCAAACUAUUUCUAAAACUAUCGAUAUUUAUGGCAGAAGAAGCUUAACUUACACAAAAUCUAAGAAAAAAAAUAUUUAUAAAAAUCAUCAACAAUACUAGCAAGAGUAUUUUAAAAAUCAAUAAAAUAACGAUGAAAAAUAGGCUGAAGAUAAUUUUGAUGAUUAAUCAGAAUUAUAUAAUUCUAAAGUAAGAGAAUGCGAAAUAAAAUCAGAAAGCAGUAUCAAUACUAUUCAAGAUUAAUUUUUAAGCGAAGAUGUAGACACAGUUAAGCAUGACUCAGAAAAAUAAAUAGAAGAUAUUUUUGCUAAAACUCAGUAGCCUAAAUUAAUUUUUUAAAAGGAGGGAGAAUAUAUUUCUUUGACAAAUUCAUACUUUGGUGUUAUUAGAAUCUUAAAACUUCAAGAUGAUGAAUCAGAAAUUAUUUUCGAAAGCAAUAAAGUUUUUAAAAGACCUGAUUAAGAUUCAUUAAACAAAGAUGAUUACUAGAUAACCUCAAUGCCUUACCAAGAUAAUAAUUAAUCAAAAGAAUAAGAAAAGAAUUAAAUUUAAAAUUACAAAAAAUAUUUGCUAGGAUCUCUUGAACCACAAUCUAAAGACCGUAAAAAAAAUCUUCAAAUAAAGAACAUAUUAGAAAUAUAUUGUUAAACUUUUAAUGCCCUAGAAAACUCAGUUGAAAUAUUCAUGAAAAACAACAAAUCUUAUUUUUUUGUUUUCUUUGAAGAAUAAACAAAAAAGGAGUUUUUGGAUUCUCUUAAAAAAAUCUAAAAAUAAAAUAGGACAAGCUAUAUUUUUUAGAUUAUUGAUGAUAGCUUAAAAAAGAAAAAAUUAAUCAAAUAUUAAAAGCAAUGGUAAGAUGAUGAAAUUACAAAUUUUGAGUAUUUGAUGGCAUUAAAUUCUUUAUCUAGUCGUUCACUCAAUGAUAUAAAUUAAUACUAUGUAUUUCCAUGGAUAAUAUAAGACUAUAAAAGCGAUCACAUUAACUUAAAUAAUUUACAAAUAUAUAGAAAUUUAUAAUAUCCUCUUGGUAAGUUAAACGAAAUGAGAUAUAGAGAAUAUCUUGAAAAAUAUGAGGUUCUUGGAGACUCUAAGUACGGAUUUUACGGAUCUCACUUUUCUACUGCAGUUCACAUAAUCUACUAUCUAAUCAGGAUUGAACCUUUUUCAUCUUUAGGAAUUUAAUUAUAGAGUGGAAAGUUUGAUCAUCCUGAUAGACUUUUCUUUAGUAUAGAAUAAACAUGGAGAUCUUGUACUGAAAACAGCUCAGAUCUAAAAGAAUUAAUUCCUGAGUUCUUUUUUUUACCAGAUUUCCUUAUUAAUAAAUCAGAGCUUGACUUUGGAGAGAGGUAAUUGAGGUAAAAUUAGAAUUCAGAUAAUCAAUAAGAAAAGAAAGAUCUAAAAGUCAACCAUGUAGAACUUCCUCCUUGGUCACACGGUAGCCCGCAUUUAUUUGUUUAGGUACAAAGAGCAGCUUUAGAAAGUAGAUAUGUUUCUGAAAAUUUGAAUUAUUGGAUUGAUUUAAUAUGGGGAAGAAAUUAAUAAAUGAGAGAUAAUUUGUUUAAUAUUAAAACUUAUAAAGAUAAGAUGAAUAUGAAAGUUAAAGAUCUCUAUAAUAAACUGGCAUCAUAAUAGGAUGUUGAUAAGCUAAGAUCACUUUUAACUUAAAUUUAAUGCUUUGGGACAUUCCCUACUAAGUUGUUCACAACUUAACAUCCUAUGAAAAAUAAUUUGGAGAAUUAUGAUAUUAUUUAGAAUUUCGAUAGAUUACCUAACAAAAAGGCUGAAUAAAAUUAAGGAGAAGACAUACUAGUAAAUGAACGAAGAAAUUCAUAAAUACCAGCAAAGAUGAGUACUGAUUUAAGGUAUUCUUAAAAUCCUGAAUAAAAUAGCAAAAAAUAUAGGAUGAAUAUCGAACUUGAAGAGAAAGAAGGGACCAACAUUUUCUUUUAAAUAAUAAAUUAAGAUAUUUACUUUGUCAAAAAAGAUCAGCCUAGCAAAGAUUCUAAUUACAUAAUUGUUAUAAAAAGCAAACUUUUUAAAGAUAAAUAAGAUAGAGAAAAAAAAGGAAAGUUUGUACAAAUUGAGCAUAAAAUAAAUGAAAAUUAAAAUUCGAUUAGAUAAUACUAAAACUUGCUUGCAUUUUUUGAUGGUGAUAUUUUCUUUGCCAUUAACUAAAAAUCUAAUAAUAUCAAUCUAUACUAUAAUUUAUAAAUUGCUAGCUAAGUUAGUUUUUCGAAUUAACCUCUAACAAUAGUAAAAUGCAUAAACAAUGUUAAUAGUGGUAUUUUAGUCUCAGUAGCUAACUCUAAAAUUUUCUUAGCAGAUUUCGAUAUCCGUUUAAUAAAAAAAUCGAGCGAGCAGCUCAAAUAGCUCCACAUUAGAGAUAAUUCUGUUUUUAAGAAUAUUCAAAUUCUUUAUGGACAUUAUUCACCUAUUACUUUAGUAGAAGUAUGUGCUGAAUUGGAUAUUAUUGUCUCAGUUGACUAAUAAAGUACAUUCUUAAUACACAACUCAGACGGUAAAUGUAUUAGAAAGUAUUGUCCUGAUAUAUUACUAAGAGAUAUUGUUAAAAUGACUUUGAGUCCUGAUGGCUACAUUUGCAUUUUAUGUAAAACUGAGAGAGGUGGAUACCCAAAAACUUUACUAAGCACUCUUUAUUUACUAGAUAUCAACUGUUACAACUAGUUUGACCAUUAUUAACAUGUUGUUAGUAGUCAUGACGAAGAGAUAAUAGAUAUGGCUUUCAUUAAUUAUAAAUCUAUGGUAGUUUGCAAAAAGCAGAAAUUCGAAAUUUGGGAUAUGUUUAUGUACCACUUCAUAGAUAGUGCUAAAUAAAUUAGAAAAAACUAUAGAAAAGCAUAAGUUUUAGAUAAUUGUGUUUACAGGAAUAUUGGUCUUUUCUAUGAUAGAAAUACACUUAUAAUCUAUUUCUUGCGUAGCUUCAAAUCUGGAAAAAACGAUUCAAGUGAUUAGUUCAUUUCCCUAGUAACAUCAAAAAAGUAAAGAAUUAUUAACAAACUUGAUUGGGCUUGUAUGUGA